GGAUUGCCUGUAAAGCAUUCUGCUGCUUUCAGUUCGUCUUCAUGCUUCAGCAACAGAAAGUUUUAUAUCAAUGAAGAACGUUCCGGUAAGUUUCAAGAGCCGAAGAUUUCUCCCCUCCACUCUCUUAUUCGAAUGCCCAAAUCUGUGUCAUGCCAUCAGAUCAGAAUCUUCCAUCAUUUUCGAAUCCUGGUCACCAAUUUAAUGAUUUCUGUAGUAAUACGAACGAUGUAACCAUGGUUUCUUUAAAGUUAAACAUUACAGGCCGUGUUCCGUCUCCUGACAGUGCAUGUGAACAGGACUGGGCGCCAACAAACACAAUUCAACCCUCUUCGUCUGAUUACUCCCAAGUGGUAUCAGCAGCUGAUGAUACCACAAGUGAUACUUCUGACAGUACUAAUACUAGUAGUCAGUGUAAUCAUACGAAUUCCAGAAAACGUGGAGAAAAACAAUUACCCGACAUGCAACAGGAUAGUGAAAAACCAGUACAUAAUGGAGGCUUUCAUAUGCACGACAGUGACGGCGAUUCUGGUAUUGUGGCUCUUAGCAGGAAGAAUGGGAGGAUCGGAUCAACUUGUUCCAAUGAAACAGACCGUAGUCAAGACAACUAUCAGAGAACACCAAGGAAGGAACAGAUCUCUCGACCAAUGCAUUAUCGCAAGUACGUUCCUGACACCAAUUCCCAAGAACUUCUGAACAAAUAUUCGUUGAAACCGUCGCUAAAGGCUUGUUCGGUUUCUAGCGUGCACAGUUGUAAUGGACCACUGAAAGGUGACCAUACCAUCAUAUCAGAUACUACAUCAUCGACAAACAGCUCCACAAAAUUGACUGUACAUUCUUCAUCGUUUAAGGAGUUUUCUAACCCAAAAGUCCGCUUUGAUGAAGAACUGCAACUUACUGAGCACAAUAUUCGUCGAUCAUGCCGAAAACUCUUCGCUACACUGUAUGCCCAGAAAUCUGCAACCCUAAAACCUGAACCAAAAAAUGGACCUUUUCUUCCCAGCCAGAUAGCAAAUGUUUCAAGCAUGUCAGAAACAAAACAGCCAAAUCGAAUUGCAGAUAAUUGUAAUUCCAUCUGUUCCGAGAUGAAUCGGACGUAUCCUUUCAAUAAGACACAAGGAACUUGUGGCUUAAAUUCGCUCAGGAUGAAAACUAGCAGUUACACCUUGCCUUCAAAAACUACUGGCCCUGUGUUUAGGGCAUCGUGGAGCCAUGGCGUAGAUGUCAAGAAACAACCUGGUCAUAAAAUCAGGCCUCGCCUUGGACAACAACUCAGUAACCCAUCAGACCUUAGUUAUACGGGAAAUCUCUACAAUAGUAAUACGAACAAAAACAUAGUCGUUUCAGAAAAAGAUACGAAUGACGUCAAAAGUCCGCCACACAGUGAUAUUUAUGUAGGAAUACCCACUACAAUAAUACAGAAGUCAAAAGAUGUCAAUAAAAAAACUUCUUCUCCAACAACGACUAAAAGUUUCCCGACUCUUCAGACAAUAACCCAAGAGAAUUGCCAUGAAUCUAGUCAUAUUUCGAAUAAAUCAUCGCGUGCAAGCCAAGGCGCAGGCCAUCGGUGUUCCAAAACUACUUUAUUUAAAAGUAGAAGUUGCACAGCUUUGUCAGGUGAAUUAAGUUUACGUACCGUAAAUUUUCCUUCGUUGGAUUCACCCCUUUCUUUUCAUCAGGGAAAGGAACGUCCUUCGUUGGAUUCAUCCCUUCUAUCUCAUCAGGGUAAUGAUGAACUAAUGGUGUUAUUGUCUUCUCACGCGGCUGAGGACCACCAUGUGUCCAAGGAGAAAAGCCCGUGUAGUACUCUUGUUGUUAAGAAGGUUCAUCUGGACAGAGAUUCUGACUGUGUGCUUUACAGCGAUGACAUGAUUCGAGUCUACGCUCGUUUAGCUUCUGUGGAUCCCGAAGGAACAACAGUACAAGAAGCGACAACUUCACAGGCUACGUGCAACGCACUCAAGAGUGAUAAAACCUUGCGACGUUCUUUGAAUGCAAAAUCAAAUUAUUCUCAAGUGUCGGAAUAUGCAGAUUACGCACGUGUGCUCGGAGAUCCUGGAAACAAACAAGCUCUUCAUAGUGAGAGUCAUAUUAAAGGAUUUUCCUAUCCUGAAACGAUUAAUACACAUGAUUCUGUCCUCGGUAGAACUGUGCCAGAGCUGUUAAUGAUAGCUGCUGCAGAACACGUUCAAUUGGGCUGUAUUCCUAAAGGACAAGAACAGAGAGUACUCGUGGGGGACAACACAGGAGCAGGGAUGGCUAACUCUGCGUUAGGUUCUAGUUCUGCUGUUCCAGUGGUCACUCAAGCUUCAAUCCCAGUCAAAACAGACAAGAUGGAAUCACCUGAAUAUGCCGUAGUUGACAAGAGUAAAAAGUCCCGUCGUUUACAGCGGACCGCAUCCCUUUCAAGGGUAACCAGCAGCCCUUGUAUCUCGAAUAGUAAAGGUGGCUCCCCCUGUGAAGAACAAGAACCACCAGUACCUCCAAAAAUAUUCAUGCAUAGAAGUGACUUUGCUUUAUACAAAGAAACAUCUUCUUCGAAAAAAUCGGUCAUUGAGCGUGUUCAGGGAUUUACAAAAUCAGCCAAGAGCGCUCUCCAGAGGGCAUUCAGCACAGAGCGCAUCUACAGAGAAGAGAAGCUUGAAACUACCCGUAAGCCACGACGAUCUCAGUCUUUCAUUAAAGUUUUGAAGAAUCGUAUGAGUAUGAGAGGGGUCAAGGGAAAAACAUGGAAUAUCAGAGAAACCUCCGGUCAUGCUUCUCGCCUUGGAACUGUAGACACAGACAAUGAGCACUCACUUCUCCCGGGCCACGUGUGGGGCCAGCUGAUCCAACUCCAUGUGGACGGGUCGCAAGUAGUGGAGCUCAGCAAACCUCCUAAGAAGCCGUUUGGAUUCUAUCUAGCUCGAGGCACGAUCAGAAACUGCAGAGGGGUUUUUGUGUCCCGGAUGAGAGAUCACGAAACACAGAAAUUACUUUCUGGGUUGAUUGACAUUGGAGAUGAGAUUUUAGAGAUAGAUGGCGUUGGUGUAAAAGAGAAGGACAUAACAGAAGUGAACAGUUUGAUGACUAAGAAAAAUAACAUACUUUUGACCGUCCUACCGUAUUCGAGUCGGGUCGACGUGUGAAACGAACACGAGCAUCUUUCUUGAUCCUUCUUCUAACAGUUUUUUCUGUUUUUUAUCAUUUACAGAAAAAUAUUCGUCCUGAAACAUUUUACUUAUAGGGGAAUUGUCAUUUCAUACCUGCAUUGAUACAAUUGAAGUACUAAAAAUCGUUACCUGUAGAAGUGGAAUAUUUUAGAGAUUGAAU